AUGAUCUACGAUGUCGAGCUCGGCCGUGCUGACUUCACAAAGGUUGCAGAGGAUGUCUCAAAUGGCCUUCAGGCUGAAGAUUUGCGACUUUCGCCGCGAGAGCAAUACACUGUGUAUGCCGUAGCACAUGGUAGCUUCAAGACUCCCUCUACUUUCAACUUCUUCUUUGACAAGAAGCUAGCGGAGCUCCUCAGCGAGGCUACGCGACUUGGACUCGCGGUCCACCGGACCUGGGCGGUAGAGGAGCUCAAGGCAGUGAUCAUGGAACACAGGGAGAGCCUGAAAGAGAAGGCGAAGGCGACCGACUUGGGCAUCGACUUUCCAACGGGGACGACAAAAGGCAACCUCAUGCGCCUGAUCCGCGACAGUAUCAACACUCCCGAUCAAGAACUGAUGAAGAUAGGAAAAUUUCGAGGAUUUCAGUUUGUGGAAAUCCCCGAGAGCUACUGCGAGUGGGCGGUGCGAGAGCUGACUGUCUCGAGGAACCCGGACCCAGAGUUG